AUGUACCCAUCAAAGCAAGACACCGGUCAUGAGAUGAACCCAAAGUCACCACCGACCUUACAAGCCCCGGUGACCGGCUUUCCGGUUGGCCCCUCCAUGAACCAGCAUUACAGUGAGACUAAUGCUCAAUAUCCAAUUGAACAUGAACAGGAGCAGCACGGUCGUUGGUCCUCAGGCCUCUGUGACUGCUUCUCUGACAUCCCUAAUUGUUGCAUCACAUGUUGGUGCCCGUGCAUCACUUUUGGACAGGUUGCUGAGAUUGUAGACAGAGGAACAAUACCUUGUGCUGUAAGUGGAGCAAUUUAUGGAGUACUUUUAUGGCUUACUGGUUGUCCUUGCAUAUACUCGUGUUUAUAUCGGACUAAAAUGAGGAAGCAGUUGAUGUUCGAGGACAGACCUUGUAAUGACUGUUUGAUUCAUUUCUGUUGCGAUGCUUGUGCCCUAUGUCAAGAGUACAGAGAGCUCAAACAUCGUGGAUUUGAUAUGACCAUCGGAUGGGAAGGGAAUGUGCAGAGACAAAAUGGUGGAGUGGCUAUGGCUCAAUCAGCACCAGUUGUUGAAGAAGGCAUGAAACGAUGA